AUGGGUUUCUUGACGCUCCUUGUCGUGUUCUGCGCUUUAGCGUCCGCGUGCGCCCAGCAGCCCCCAGGGGGAGGGGGCGGAGCACCAGGGGGGGGAACGCCUGUGCCAGGGGGGGGAGGGGGCGUAGCCCCUCAGGGGGGUGGGGCCCCUCAGGGGGGCGGAGCACCUCAGGGGGGCGGAGCACCUCAGGGGGGCGGAGCACCUCAGAGGGGCGGAGCACCUCAGGGGGGCGGAGCACCUCAGGGGGGCGGAGCACCUCAGGGGGGCGGAGCUCCUCAGGGGGGGGGAGCACCUCAGGGGGGCGGAGCACCUCAGGGGGGCGGAGCAGCACCAGGAGGGGGAGCAGCGCCAGGUGGGGGAACGCCUACAUUAGGGGGGGGAGGCGGAGCAGCAGGGGGAGGAAGCCCUGGGGGAGCAGCAGCAGGGGGAGGGCCUGGAGGGGCGGCAGCAGGGGGAGGGGGAGCGGGAGGGCCAGGGGUGGGGGUGCGCAAUGUUGGGAAGAAGGUUCCACGUGUGGCACAGCAGGGGCAGGGGGGUGGACCGGGGGGAGCAGAGCUGGGGGACCUCUAUGCCCAUCUGGAGGGUGAGCUGGAGGGGCAGAACAACGACGACAUAGAAGGGGAAAUCCACCUCUACACCUUCCGCCCUCCCCAAUCCCCAAGCAGCACCACUGCUGGCGCUGCCCAUGUGCUCUACGUUCUCACAGCCAAGCAGCUCCCCCAGCAGUCACCGCUCUCUCACUUCCCCCGUCCACUUCCCGCUCCCCCACCUUCCUCCCCCCAAAGCAGCACCACUGCUGGCACAUUCAACGUGCUUUACGUCCUCACAGCCAAGCAGCUCCCCCAACAGUCGCCCCCCACCAACGUCACCAUCACCCGCGGCCGCACCGUCGCCCUCACCAUCCCCGCCACGUGGCGCGAAACCACUGGCCAGCCGGGAUUCAAGCAGAACGACGCUGAUGAUGACAAUGACGGGGAUUGCCCCGACGGCAAGUGUUACAGCUACGCCGCCGCUGGUUACUGGGAGAAUGUGGAUAAGACUGUUACGGAUGUGGUGAAUGGUAUGGUUGCGGAUCCGAAGGCGUAUCAAGGGCACAUGACGCUGCCUUCAGGGGAGGAUGUGAGGGGCGAGUUUGAACUUGAUUAG